CCUCCGAUUCUCACUCCCAGCUCGCCGGUGCUCGAGCCUCCUUCCAGUCGAACGCCGCAUCGCGUCGUUAACGCGGAUACGAGUCUCCGUUUUCGAGCCGGGGCGGUCGGACUGGAGCUCAUCGUCGCCAUCGCCGGGAGGGGUGGGGGCGGUUCUACCGAAAGCGACGCGGGCAGAGGGGUGACGUGCCCGAGCAUGUUCACACCCGAGGCGGCGUCGGAUCUACCUGCAAGUCGGCCGCCGGCCUCACGCCGUCACAGCCCCGCCACCGCCCCCGCCGAGGCACCGCCACACUCCAGUCAGCGUCACUGAGCAGGAAGGAAGCGUUCGCCGGCUCCGGGGAAAAAAAAAAAAAAAAAAAAAGCAGCACCAUGGGGUUCUACGGCACUUUGAAGAUGAUUUUCUACAAAAUGAAGAGAAAGUUGGACCAUGGUCCAGAGGUCCGAUCUUUCCCUUCAGGAAAAAAGCCCUGCAAAGGUCCCGAGUACCAGAGCCCAACGGGAAUCGUGCCGUGCCCGGCCACACCCACCACGUUCGGACACAUCCGGGCAGCCAACGGGCAGGGCCAGCAGAGGCGCCGCAUCACCUCCAUCCAGCCACCGUCGGGGCUCCAGGAAUGGCUCCGGACUUUUCAGAGCUGGACCGGCCCUGAGAAGUUGCUUGCGCUGGACGAGUUGAUAGACAUCUGCGAGCCCACGCAGGUCAAGCAUAUGAUGCAGGUCAUCGAGCCGCAGUUUCAGCGCGACUUCAUCUCCUUGCUCCCCAAAGAGCUGGCGUUGUACGUGCUCUCAUUCCUGGAACCCAAGGACCUCCUCCAGGCAGCCCAGACGUGUCGCUACUGGCGCAUUCUGGCGGAGGACAACUUGCUGUGGAGGGAAAAAUGCAGAGAAGAAGGUAUCGAUGAGCCUUUGCCCCUCAAGAAGAGGAAAAUCGUCAAGCCCGGCUUCAUUCACAGCCCCUGGAAGAGUGCCUACAUCAGGCAGCACAGAAUAGACACUAACUGGAGGAGAGGGGACCUCAAAUCACCCAAGGUGCUGAAAGGUCACGAUGACCACGUAAUCACCUGCCUUCAAUUCUGCGGCAACCGCAUCGUCAGCGGCUCUGACGAUAACACGCUGAAAGUCUGGUCAGCUAUCACGGGAAAGUGUCUGCGAACGUUGGUGGGCCAUACAGGCGGUGUGUGGUCGUCGCAGAUGCGCGACAACAUCAUCAUCAGCGGCUCCACCGAUCGCACACUCAAGGUCUGGAAUGCAGAGACGGGAGAAUGUAUCCACACCCUGUACGGGCAUACCUCAACAGUGCGCUGUAUGCAUCUGCACGAGAAAAGGGUCGUGAGUGGCUCUCGGGAUGCUACACUGCGCGUAUGGGACAUCGAGACGGGCCAGUGUUUACAUGUCCUGAUGGGCCACGUGGCGGCAGUGCGCUGUGUCCAAUACGACGGGCGGCGGGUAGUCAGUGGUGCCUACGACUUCAUGGUCAAAGUGUGGGACCCAGAGACUGAGACGUGCCUCCACACGCUGCAGGGCCACACCAACCGGGUGUACUCGUUACAAUUUGACGGAAUCCACGUGGUGAGCGGCUCGCUGGACACGUCCAUCCGAGUGUGGGACGUGGAGACGGGAAACUGCAUCCACACGCUGACUGGCCACCAGUCCCUCACCAGCGGCAUGGAGCUCAAAGACAACAUCUUGGUGUCUGGGAACGCCGACUCCACCGUCAAGAUCUGGGACAUCAAGACGGGCCAGUGUCUGCAAACGCUGCAAGGUCCGCACAAGCACCAGAGCGCCGUCACGUGCCUGCAGUUCAACAAGAACUUUGUGAUCACCAGCUCGGACGACGGAACGGUCAAGCUGUGGGACCUGAAGACGGGCGAGUUCAUCCGCAACUUGGUGACUCUGGAGAGCGGCGGCAGCGGCGGCGUGGUGUGGCGGAUACGGGCCUCCAACACCAAGCUGGUGUGCGCCGUGGGCAGCCGCAACGGCACCGAGGAGACCAAACUGCUCGUGCUCGACUUUGACGUUGACAUGAAGUGAACGCAGGGCGGCUGCGCAGUUGUUACGGGGGGUGGGGGGGCUGCAAGGAGGGACGAGCUGGGGUGGAAGGGGUAACGGGGGGUCUCGAAAAGCUACAGCAAAUCACUCGAAAGCGACGCCGAUCACGAGAACCACCUCGUGAAACCCGGGGAAGGAGAUCUCAGCUGAAUUUCACUUUGUCGUCGUUCCUGCUCUGUUCGUUUGGUCCUGGUCUGAUCCGCGGCGAGAUCAACUGUGAAUUUCAAAAUCGUUUUCCCCUGCCUUCCUGUAGUUAACGGCAACAGAUCCCAGUAUUAGAAACCCGCCUUUCCUCACUUCAAUGUUAGGGUGGGGGGACAAGAACAGGAUCGCUUAUCAAUGCUGUUCAAUGUUUCCAGUUUGUGUUCCGGUCUUUUGAGGCCUUGAGAUGUGCUGCCCACUGACCUCCCCGUGUAUUAAGGGGGAAUAGGAACCAAAAUGCGCUCCAGUUUUUUCCUCCCAUUUGUUCCGCCGCAGAGAAUUUUGCAUCAGUCUACGCCCCGCCGAACACCCUCCCACCUCAUCUUACGUUGGAAGAAAACAGGAACAUGAAUGCUGUCCAGCUCUUCACUUGAGCUUGGCGGUGUGUUCCUCCAGUCUUCUGCGAACAGGAAUUCUGAUGCACCACAACCCCCAAAUUGAAGCAGAACCGUAAAUGUUAAGCUUGGUGGACUGUUCCAUCCUUCUGAGAUGUUGAAUUCUGCUGCACGUCAAGCGUCCACAAAUAAAAACCGUAACGGGAAUGCCAGUAGUGUCCAAAGUGUUCCAUUUUGAUCUUGGGGUGUUCCAGUCAACCUCACAGCACAUUUCUGCAAGGAGGGAACAGGACGCCAUUGAAGUCCAGAGUUUUUCAGCCUAGCUCGUGCAGUAAUACAACCUUUACAAGCCACGAAUUCUUCUGCCCCCUCCCUCACCUACAAAAUCUCGACAGGAACAUCAAUAACUGGGUGUGUGUUCCAGCCUCACAACAUUUUUGCAAGGAAGGAAAAAAAAUCACAUUGUCAGGAGCGCCCAUUCUGUCCAGAGGUUUUCACUCGAGCAUAUGGUUGGAGUCCUACCUUCCAAGGUUAAGAGUUUUUCUUCAAAGGACAGGAACGGCAAUUCUGUCCAGUGUUGUUUGUCUACCUGGUGAGGUUUUUCGACUGCUCAUUAAUUUCUCCAGGAACAGGAAAAUCACUGCGGUUUCUUGAGACUUGCUAGUCGUGUGUUUUUGCUUCCAAUCUCCCACAACAUCUUACAGGAGAGUAAAAAGGGGAGCGUCCAAUGCUGUCCAGAUGGUGCUCCCGUUGAAUCCACCACGUCGCCGCUGUAAUUAAAAAAAAAAAAAAAUAUAAGAAUAAUAAUCUUAGAACAUCAAAGCUGUCCUCAGUUUUUCGGUCCAGUAUUCCAAGCUUCCUAAGGCCAGUGCGCAGCCACCCAGCCCCCUCCACGCUCGUCGUCCUCCUCGACCCGCUCCCGCCUCCCAGCUCGUGGCCAAACUCGACUAAUGCUGCUAGAUGAACCGGUGUGGGACGAAAAUAGAACUUUUGACUUUUUCGCUGUGACGUUUUAGUCCCAGGCGAAAUUCCAAUUUGAACUGUUUUCUCGAGAGGGUGUGAAAGAAAAUAUAUAUUAAGAAAAAAAAAAUCCUACUUUUUUUUUUUUUUUUUUUGCCACUGAAACUUGAGCCAAACGUGCCUCUACGAGGCGGAGAGGACGGGAUCGCCUGCGAAUAAAAGGAAGGAAGCAUGAGUGUUUGCGUACUCGCAGACUUGUUCCACAUUCCUCGGGACAACUAAGCAGGAAGAUAUCAAUGCUGCGUGGACAAUACGACUGAUUAAAAAAAAAAAAAAAGAAAGAAAAAAAACACUUUACAGGAUGUGAAAGGAAAAAAGAAUGAACAAACGUCCUGGCGUGUGAUUUGGUUGUCGUCCGUGGAGGGCCUGCUUACCCGUUGGUUAUCGGUGGGUGGCAGCUCCGGUGUUGUACACGAUGGGCAAAAAUAAAGGUGAACCAUGUAGCCAAAAUGUCUCCAAAAGUCACAAGCUGAACUGUGAAAGUGGUUGUAACACUGUAUAUUAAAACAAAACAAAAAAACAAACAAAACAAAACAAUCUUGCUUUCUCUCCUCGUUUUUCUCCCGGUGUUUUAAUUUAUGGUCUGGUUUGACAAAUCAGAUUUAACUUUUUUUUUUUUUUUUUUUUUUUUUUUUGCCAGUUCACUUCAUGUAAAACUGCCUGGCAAAAAAAAAAAGACUAGAUGGAUGGAAAGAAAAAAAGGGAUUUUUUGUGUAUUUGUUUCAUUCACUUAGAAUUUUAUUUUCUUAUAACUUAAAGUGCAAUAAAAUGUGGGUUUAUUUUCCUUUAUUUUUUUGUUUUCAUUUCAAGCGAAGAUCCGUUGUCUGUUUUGUUACUUUGUGUGAAGGAAUCUUCUAUGUUGAAUAAAGAAAAUUAUUUGGGUAAUCGUGUCGUGACAAGGAGUAAUUUGAAUUGCUGUUUGUGUUUUGGCUCGAUUUGAUAGGGCGAGAAAAAUGCUGCUUCCCACUCAUUGGUUGAAAAUAUUUGUCAUUUUGUUUGACUACACAUGAUUAGAAAGUACCAAAAUAAACUUAGCUUGGACCAUUGCUGCUCUAAAUGCUGCAAUGUAUACUCCACGGCCUUGACUCUGCUGCGUUUGCUGCCCUCAGUCUCCUGGUGGAUAAAAUUGCAGUCUCGUUGUAAUGUUUUGAGAGUUCUUUGCUAGAAAUGACCAAAAUAAAACAUACGCUAGCAUCAGCUAAAACCUGUUGCCGUGUCUUAGCUUCGGAAGCUGUGCUACGACGCUCCGCAGUCUCCAUUUUGCUGCAGCACUCCCAUUUUUGUGCCCUUAGCUGCUCAUAUAAAAUUGAUAGAAACAACCAAAUUAAUGCAAAUUUUAACGUUGGUGUGUCCUGUUGCUGUGCCUACAUCCGCGCGCUUGCGUUAUACUCCACAGUCUCCACUUUGCUGCUGCAGCCUCCUCAAAUAGAACUGCUGUCUGUAACAUUUUAGAAAUGAGCAAAAUAAACAUAAAUGCUAACUG